CGUAAGCCGUAAGCUUGUAGGAUACCAAAGAUACAGCGAUUUUCAAUACCAACAAGAAACAGUCGGAAACGGUGCAUUGAACUGUCCGAGUUGGGUUGUAGACAUGGAUGUAUGUAACUAACAGAGACAAACCACCAGGCUGACUCUGCUACGAGGCUCUGUCAAUUUCUCUUUGUCGGUUGCUCUUGUUCGUCCGGAUCUGUCGCCGGCUCUUUCUCUUUUAGAAUUAUUAAUGAUUCUAGUUUCUUGGACGGAGAUCUAAACGCUCCGCCUUAGGCUUUAUUUUGUCGGCAAUCAUCCUCUAUGGUUGUGGCUUCCUUUUCUAACUGUCUUUUGGCCGACUGUGAUCUGCGAUAAUCAGUCUUAGCGAUCUUUCUUUGUCUGCGCUGUGACACUUCUUUCUCUCACGAUGGCUGCGAGCGAGUCUACAGAGGAAAGACGCCUCUCCGGUCCGGAGCUCCCUCCACGUAAGGUGUCUGGCUUCAAAUGGGUUCUGGUAAUCUUCUCUAUUCUAUCGGCUAUCUUCCUGUUUGCAUUGGACAACACGAUCGUCGCCGAUGUGCAGCCCAAGAUUGUCGAUUCCUUUGGUGAAAUCAACAAACUGCCCUGGAUCUCCGUCUCCUUUGCGCUUGGUGGCGUGGCCGUGAACUUAGUCUGGUAGGUGACAGCUCUUCGCACUCAAUUGGAAGACUUAGUCUCUGUAUUAACAAAAGCAACAGGGGCAAGAUCUUUGCUCAGUUUGAAACCAAGAAAUCCUUCCUCGUUACCGUCAUUCUCUUCGAAGUCGGGUCGGCAGUAUGCGGUGCGGCACCAACGAUGAAUGCCUUGAUCGUGGGACGAACUAUCUGUGGUAUCGGUGGCUCUGGAAUUUACCUGGGCGCAAUCAACCUACUCUCCAAUAGCACGACGGAAGCUGAGAGACCUGGUUACCUUGGAUUUGUCGGAUUGACUUGGGGUAUUGGAACUGUGUAAGAGGACACCGAUGAAAGCUAACUUGCAUGCGGUCUCGCUUACAUACAUUUAGGCUUGGUCCGAUCAUUGGAGGAGCCUUCGCUGACUCCAAGGCAACUUGGCGAUGGAGCUUUUACAUCAACCUCUGCGUCGGAGCGUUGGCCGCACCCAUUUACAUUUGGCUCCUCGAGACCCACGACCCCCGACCAUCUGCUUCCUGGAAGUCCCGUUUGCAGCACGUCGAUAUUCCAGGUGCGAUCCUCAGUGCAGGAGGUUUUGUGUCGGGCAUCAUGGCAAUCUCUUUCGGCGGUGCUAUGUACGACUGGAACAGUGGAAGAAUCAUCGGCCUCUUUGUCUGCUCCGGUGUCCUCUGGAUCUUGUUCGGAAUUCAGCAAGUCUUCUUCACAACGCCCGAAACUCGCCUUUUCCCUCUUGAGUUCUUGAAGUCUUAUGAGCAGAUCAUCUUCUUCGUCCUGGUAGCAGCAGCGGUGACGUGCGCUUUUGUACCCGUCUACUUCAUUCCUCUCUAUUUCCAAUUCGUGUUUGGAGACUCUGCGACUCAGGCAGGUGUGCGCCUCUUACCAUUCGUGUUUAUCAUGGUCUUUGCCGUCAUAUCAAACGGUAUACUGAUGGGUAUUCUUGGAUAUUACAUGCCUUGGUACCUCGUCGGCGGUGUCCUCGUUGUCAUCGGGGCCUCGCUGAUGCACACCAUUACUCUGGAGUCCAGCACAUCCAGGAUCUAUGGGUACAGUGUGAUCUUAGCGCUCGGAACAGGGCUCUAUUCACAGGCAUCAUUCCCUGUCUCACAAGCGAAGGGUGGUCCUUCCAAGGUUGCCCAGUCUACUGCCUUUAUCGGCUGCGGACAAAUUGGUGGUAUUGCUCUUGGAUUGACCAUUUCCAACAGCAUCUUCAUCAACCAGGCCACGAGCAAAAUCUCGGCAGUGAUGCCCAAUGCAGACAAAGACUUGAUUCAAAUGGCCAUUAGCGGUGCCGGCGGGCCCUUCUUCAAGUCCCUUUCUGCUACUGAGCAGGUUGCCGUGCAGAGAGCACUAGUCUCGACAAUUGGCAAUAUCUACUUCAUGCUUGUGGCUGCUGGAGCUCUAACCGUGGUGCUCUCUCUCUUCAUGAAACGAGAGAAACUCUUUGUGCAGACUAAGAAGGACACUCCGGAGCCUCGGGUGGAGGAACCAGUGCAGGAGAUUGUGGAAAAGCAAGACGGUAGCAAGUAAUGACUAAUAUGGGCUGAUGUUCUAAUUCACAUGAUAUGGGCAUUCUUUUUCUUGGAGGUACCAGAAAAAUAGUUGUUCUCAGUUAGACUGUUGGUUUCUUUCUUUCCUAAUUUUUUUUUUUUUUUUUUUCGUGUAUCUUUGGGAUGUAAAACAUGUUUUAUUCAUACCGGCUGAGGUAUACAACGUCCAGUCUCUUACCUUAGCUCCUGAAUAAUUGGCAAAGGCGUAAGUAAGCGACUACCGAGUGCUAGACGUCUUGGCAUUCAAUUGACAUUUCGAAAAUCAUACUAAGAUUACUAAAACCCAAGUGAUCCUUUUUGGGGGCUAAUUGUCUUUUCCGCUAGGCUGGGUUUUUGCCUUUGGUUAGGGUACUCCGUAGGUACUCCGUACUUGUUCCG